CUCUGUGUUUAGUCUUGGGCUUAUAUGCACCGGGGGUAGGUGUAGCUCUCCUUAAACUGGGGCGGCGCCAAUUCAAAAUCCGCGCGGAAACCGCAACCCCUCCCCAUCCUUUCCCUCCCAAAUCCCUAUAUGAGGGCCCUCACACUUCACUUCCCAGCUGACAGCAGACCGGCGAGAUUAUCUUCUCCGGCGAAAUGCCUGCUUACAACGGAGACGGGGAAUCCACUGCGAUGGAGGUCGAUCGACGCCUUGCAGAAGAUUCCUUCCUCGCAUUCAUCGGGUACGCGAGGUCCGCACUGUCGCCUGGCAAAGAUGCAAGUCGCGAGCAGAACGGCGAUGGCGGAGAAGAGCCGGUGGGGCCAGGGUGGAGCUGGAUCGCCAGCAGAAUCCUCAGGACUUGCAUUGCUUACUCCAGCGGAGUCACCGCUGCUAUUCUGCUCUCCGAUCUGUCUCAGGCAUGGGGUGAGCAGAACAGGGUGGCUUCCUCUAGGAAAAGGCCAGAGUGUAUCAAACAGUUGAAGAGUAAGCACCGGAGAACAAAGCUUCCAAACACUGUCACAAUCGACUCGAUAUAUAAGAAAAACUUCUUAUCUUUGAGUAGCGUGUUGGAAGUGGUUAUUGUUGAUGCCUAUGUGCUUCCAGGCACAAACAUCUACAUGCUCAGUCUGGGCGAUUUCUGGAGCUCCAACACUAUAGAUCUUUUUCUGCAUCGUAGAUACUAUGAUUUGGUGAAUACUCAAAAUGGUAUACUGAGGAAGGGUAGGGAGAUUUUCUUGACUGGAUGUCAUCUUCGAACUGCUGCUGAAGGAUCUGGUUAUAUGCGUCUUCUACCAACAGAAUAUCUUGUGAUACUAUUGGAUGAGGAACAGGAUGAUGAUGCUAUGCUUUUAGGAGCUCAGUUUUGUUCGGAUUCAUUUGCUUCCAUUUCCCCGGAUGCAGCCAACAAAGGGGUUUCUUAUUCACUAUAUGCAAGGAUCGAGUCAAUUGGAUCAGAGGAAAUUCAAGGAGGGAUAGGAAGUUUAAAAAGGAAACAAAUCACUCUUGUUGAUAAUGAUGGUGACAAGCUAAAGUUCCUCUUGUGGGGUGACCAAAUCGUCCUUGCCAAUCUUUUCAGUAUUGGGAGUAUGAUAGCACUGGACAGACCCUACAUUGCAAGUUCUGUGGAGAGUGGUCUUGAAAUGGCAGAAGAACUAUGUCUUGAAUAUGGUAGCGCCACACAAUUAUAUUUGGUGCCCUUUAUCCAGCAUGAGGAACAAGUAUCUGUAGCAUUGUCACAAAAUCGAUAUCAAGGAUCACGAUUGCUGGCCAUGCUAGAUCCUAGCCAAGCUACAACGGUUUCUCAAGUGACUUUGCCAUGUGAUUCUCAGGGAUCGGUUGACUUCACGAAUUAUCCCUUUCAACCAUUUGUAAGUGACCUGCGAGACAAAAUGACGGGAAUCAGCCUCUAUGCUGUUGUUACAGACAUACAUAGAGACGGGAGUUAUUCAGAUGUUGUAUUCUCCUUAAGACUUGAAGAUACAACUGGAGCUAUUUGGGCAAGGCUUUAUUUUGCCAAAUUCUGGUCACUCAAAAGAUUGAGCUAUGGUCAUACAGUGUACUUCUCUGGACUGACAUGCUCUCUAACAAAAGAUAAGCGCCUCGAAGUACUGUGGUCUGAGAACAAUACUGGAGCUUCUCUUGUUAAUCUCAGUACCCUUCCAGCAAUUCUGAACUCAUCCUGUCUUCACAAACUGUCACGGUUAUCAGAUUUAUCCAUGCAGAGCAGCUCUACAUACAUAUGCAGGGUGUGGAUUAACCAAGUUGACCUAUGCCGGAUCGAUACGAGAUAUGCACACACUCGUUGUGGUCACUUCGUCAUGAGGAAACCUGAUGGACUCAUAGGAUGCAGAUUCUGCCGCGAAGAAUCUGUUUCCGAAGUCGUCAGCUCUUUCUAUCUGAGAAUGACGCUGACAGAUGAAAGUGCGAAGGUCGUUGCAUGGUGUACAGGCCAAACGGCCGCGGAGUUGCUGCAGAUAUCUCCGGAUGAGUUCAAUAAUCUUCCUGAGGAUGAACAGCUAAUGUAUUCAUCAUCCUUGGAAAACUUGAAGUUCACAGUUGCAUUAGUGAAUUGCCAAAGCAGCGGCCAUGGAUCGGACAGUCGCCAUGGCACACUACCCGAGGAUGAUGCAGUUCAAUGGGAGAUAACCUGUGCACUGAAACACGAUUUAUGAUCAUAAAGACCAAUCUCGGAGCUCCAUUCUGUACGUAUUAAUCACAUUUCUUUCUCAAUAACGGUCAUCGAUUAAAGUACUUAUCUUUGCUAAAACAACAAAUUUCCCAUAUGAUUGGGAAAGCACGGGAGCAUGUCCUGUAUUGGGAAAGUUAUCUAUCGUUCGGUACAUCAAAAGUGCAAUUGAUCAACUGAUUUAUAUUUAAGUUUUUAUUUUCAUGAA